CCAGCUGUAGACGUCGCUCAUACAAACGGAGGGCUGGAAACUGUAUAUUCCUACCCCUUAGCUCUCCCUGCGGGCUGACGGCCUUGCCGAGUUGCUUGCCUCUGAGACUCCUGAGUGUGUUGCUUCCACCCAUCCCCUUCUGCCAUGGCUUCCUGGAAGGCCCUGACAAUGGGCCUCCUUCUGGUCCUGCUCUGCUCGUUCAGGCUCCCGAGAGCCCUGGCAGAGGAUCAGCACCACCACCACCACGGAAGCCAGCAUGAGGACGGACACCACCACCACCACGGACAGCAUGAUGCUGAUGACGAUGAUGACGAACAUUAUCACCAUGCCAGCUACCUUCAUGAAGCAGGGCAUCACCAAGGAGGCCACCAUGAUGACGAUGACGAUGAUGAUGAUGAGGAACACCAUCAUCACCACACUGGACAUCACCAUGCAGAGCACCAUCAUCACCACAGUUCCCACCACGAUGAUGGUGACGACGAUGAUGAUGAUGACAACCACCACCAUGACAAGCAUCACCAGCACCAUGAACACCAUGGUGACCAUCACCAUGAUGAUGAUGAUGAUGACGAUGAUGAUGAUGAUGAUGACCACCAUGGCAAGCAUCAUCAUCACCAUGAACACCAUGGUAACCAUCACCAUGACGAUGACGAUGAUGACGAUGAUGACGAUGAUGAUGACCACCAUGGCAAGCAUCACCAUGAACAUCAUGGUGACCACCAGCACCAUGAUGAUGAUGAUGAUGACGACGACGACAAUCAUGGCAAGCAUCACCACCAUCACGGACACCAUGGUGACCAUCACCACCAUCAUGAGCAUGAUGAUGAUGAUGAAGAUGAUGACGACAGUGAUGAAGAGGAACACCAUCAUCAUGAACAUCAUGCUCACCACCAUCACCAUGAUGAUGAUGAUGACGAUGACGAUGACAACAAACAUGAACAUGAUCACCAACAUGAACAUCAUGGUGGUCACCACCACCACCAUGGUGAUGAUGAUGAUGAUGAUGAUGACGACGACGACGAUGACAGUGAUGAAGAGGAACACCAUCAUCAUGAACAUCAUGCUCAUCACCAUGAGGAUGAUGACGACAGUGAAGAAGAAGAAGAGCAUGCCAGUCAUCACCAUCACCAUCACCACAAUGACGAUGACCAGGAAGAGGCCCACGGGCGCCAUCACCAUACGGAAGCUGACGAGGGCAAAGAGCACCGCCACCGCCACCAUCACCAUGGUGAAGAGGAAGACGAGUCCGAUGAAACGGCGUCCAAGGAAGAAGAUGAGGAUGAAGGGCACAAACACAAGCGCCCCAGGCACGAAAGCCAUGACAAGGCCAAGAAGCACCACAAAGAGGGAGAAGAAGAGGAAGAUGACGAGGACAAUGAGGAGUACGAGGCAGGCUCUCUGUGCCAUUACUGUGCCUUCUGCAAGGAUUGCGACAAGUGUGACAAGUGCCCCUGCAAAGAAGGCGACAGCAGCGAAUACUGCGCAAGCUGCCAGUAUUGCCAUUAUUGUUACGUUUGCCCUGUGUGCGAGACGGCCUGUGCACCCGGGAGCAUCGUAGAUGAAUUAUCUGGAGCCUUAUUUCAGACAUUUGCCACCAUCUUUGAGCAGCAGGAGCACUGAAGCGCCCCCUGGUGGAGAAACCAAAGUUAGGAGGGGGAGGGGGGAACUAGGUGACCCUUGACUUAUUUAUUUUUGAGCCAAACUGCUUGUGAUGGAGGAUUCCACGAUUCUUUCUUCCGGAGGUUGUUUCCCCAACCAUCGCUGUCCUCUCAAAAAACGUACCCCUGUUGUUUUUCUCCCGUGGGGUCCUAUUUAUCCCCCACAUCUGGAAAAUCUGCUGGGAGUUGGUUUUGAGAGGAUACCCGAUGGCAAGAGGGGAGAGGGUUAAGCAGCUCGACUUUACCCAACCCCCUGCUUCCAACUUCUGCCUCGCACAGGACUUUUCAUUCUUAAAAACGCAGCUGUGGGAAGACACACAAUUUCAGAACUGGCAGUCUUGUGUAGUCUGGCUUUUAUAAUUAGCCUGUUGGGCAAGAAGGGUAACAGGCAUUUACUGAACAAAUCCACCCUGGGGCAAGGGAGAUUACUAAUGCCUCAGUGAUGCAUGUUUCCCCAGCCUUUGAAUAAGUUUGAGCUGGGUCAUACCGGAAGCCUUCUCCUGAGCCAUAGGUUUCCUGCUCUUGCCUCAUCCCCUAGGCAGGGAAUCUGUGGUUCUCUGGAUGUAAUUGGACUCCAGCUCCCAUGAUCCCUCAUAUUGGCUCUGCUGGCUUGGCGCUGAUGGCAACUGGAGCCCAGCAACAGUGGGGCAGCUGCAAUUCCCCCCUCUCGGCCUCAACUGAACAGGCAACGGGGCAACUCACACUGUGCAAUUUUGCACCUUUGGGCUACUUGCUGCAGAAUUGCACACCGACCGAGCAUCCAGUGUGGUGUAGUGGUUAAGAAUGGUAGACUCGUAAUCUGGGGAACCGGGUUCGCGUCUCUGCUCCUCCACAUGCAGCUGCUGGGUGACCUUGGGCUCGUCACACUUCUUUGAAGUCUCUCAGCCCCACUCACCUCACAGAGUGUUUGUUGUGGGGGAGGAAGGGAAAGAAGAUUGUUAGCCGCUUUGAGACUCCUUCGGGUAGUGAUAAAGCAGGAUAUCAAAUCCAAACUCUUCUUCUUCCUUUGAAAUAUCUUUUCGGAAACGUUUGUGCCCGACACCCUUUGAAAGCUUGAUCUGUGGUGAUGGUGUGGCAUUGCUUCUUCACAGGUGGCUGUUGCAUAUCCUGCAACAUUUCUCCGAUGAAAAUAGGGGUAAUAAUAAUAAUAAUAAUAAUAAUUUUGCCCCAGCCACUCUGGGUGGCUUCCAACAUAUAUAAAAACAUAAUAAAACAUUUAAAAACUUCCCUAAUAUAGGGUUCAGGUGUCCUCUAAAGGUUGUAUAGUUACUUAUCUCCUCGGCUCGGGGAUCAUUGAACUCCAUACCCUCCAACAUUUCUCCGAUGAAAAUGGGGAUGUCCUAAGGAAAAGCAGGACAUUCCAGGAUCAAAUCAGAAACUGGGGUGGCUUCUGUAAAUCUGGGACUGUCCCUGGAAAAUAGGGACACUUGGAGAGUCUGGUGUUGAUAACUUGAGUCAUCAAGGAAUAAACGCAACUGGGUGAAACGACUUUACAACGGCCUCAACACUUGCUUUUCUGCCAUUUUCUCCCCAAGGAAUUCUGGGCAUUGUGAUUUUUAUGAAGAUGCCAAAGAGUCUGUCGAGCAUCACAUGUCUCCAUAGCAUUACCACAGUCCCUUUCUGAUAAACCACAGGUACCUUUGGCCCCUUUCCACCAAUGUUACUCAACCACAGUUCCCACCAUCCUUGGCCAUUGGCUAUGCUUGCUGGGGCUGAUGGGAGAUAGAGUUCAGCCCCAUCUGGAGGGCCAAAGGUUCCCAAUUCAUGCGAUAAGCCAUCCUGUGGCUCAGGCUACACUGGAUUUUGCUAGAAACCCAAAAGCUGGGUGUUUUUUUAAUGAUGUUAAAGCUCCUGUGUAUUUAAUAAGUUCUCUAAAGCAAGGGAUUUUUAAUAGGCGUAUGAUAAAUUGCCCUGCUGCCUUUCGAAUGUUGUUGGAUUUUAGCUUCCAUCGGUCCCAGCCAGCAUAGCCAAUGAUCAAAGAGGAUGGGAGUUGUAGUCCUUCGAUAUCUGGAGUGCUGCAUCUUCCCCAUCCCUGCUGUCUUGGCCAUUUGUCUUGAAUGCCAUAGUUGAGAUUCCAGCAUGAUAAAGGGGGUUGGACAAGUUGACCCUUGGGGGUCCCUUCAAACUAUAUGAUUCUAUGGUUCUUUUCUGCACUGGCCCCUUUUCUCCUUGCACAUCAAGCUGUGCCUGGCGAAUUUCCUUCAUCCACAAAAACUGCUAGAGAUACAGAAACAUUCUCUGCUUUCAGAUCUGCAGAUUUGUACAGAUGCAGAACAUUUUGCAAAUCUUAUCCUAGGGCCAACGUGAAGCCCCCCCCCCCAAGCUCUAAACCACGUGGUCUAAACCACGGAGCCUCUUGGGUUUGCCGAUCGGAAGGUCAGCGGUUCGAAUCCCUGCAACGGGGUGAGCUCCCGUUGCUCUGUCCCAGCUCCUGCUCACCUAGCUGUUUGAAAGCCCGCCAGUGCAAGUAGAUGAAUAGGUACCGCUGCGGCGGGAAGGUAAACAGCAUUUCCGUGCACUCUGCUUUCCGUCACGGUGUCCCAUUGUACCAGAAGCGGUUUAGUCCUGCUGGCCACAUGACCCAGAAAGCUGUCUGUGGACAAACACCGGCUCCCUCGGCCUGAAAGCGAGAUGAGCGCCGCAACCCCAUAAUCGCCUUUGACUGGACUUAACCGUCCAGGGGUCCUUUACCUUUUUACCUUAUGAAACCAUUAUGGGAAAUUGUUAUUGCUGUGCAGAGGAGCAUGGAAUGCAAAUAAGGAUCUGCCAAGCAAAGCACGUUUGGCAGCUUCUUUUGGGAGUUCAGAAGCAAAAGGAUGCAGGGCACUUUCCAGACAACCUGUUUAUUGAGCAUUCGGUCGGAUUUGUCCGUGGGAAGGUUAGAUGAUGUCAUCACCUUGAAGCAAGCAUUAUCUCACACUUUGCAUUGGAGUUUCCCUUCAUCACAAAAGGCCGUUUUUGUGAGGGAGCAGGUUUGUUGCAACCCGAGUUUGCCGUUAUGUGGUUAUAUGAGUCCCACCUGGAACUUGUGACAGUCUGGAAGUGCCCCAAAGGUACAAGCAGGUUACUACCUGGCAGUGUAUUUUUUUUCCAAGAAGCAAACUCUGUGUACACGGCCUGAAGACAAAACUGUAUGUGGAAAAACACUGAUUUCGUAUUUUGGGACUCUCCUGCUUUGACUCAGUCCAAAAUCCCAUCUCUCUCCUUCUCCUGUCAUGGAUACUCCACCUCACCUGCCUUUUUUAAUUCUUAAUUUAUAGCCAUUGCUUUGUCUUGUUUCCAUGGAAAAUAAAAACACUUCUUCUUCUUUUGCUUCCGA